AUGUUGUUCUCUGAAGUCGCUGAGCUGAGGUAUGUGUUUUGGCUUGAAAUAACGGCGAGGAUAGAGACGAAAAUUUUGUCUCCAAAAACAACCUAUGCAGCUUACUUUGUGUUUAAGUUCACUGAUUCCAAACGUGGUUUUAAUAAGAAACCUGUUGAACUGAGUGUCAAAUUUGAAGGAAGUGUGGAUGGGGAAAAGCGCAAUGUGCUCCUCGAUGUCUCUCCAGAGAAUGAUAUGCCACAACUGCCUCAAGAGAGAGGUGAUGGGUGGAUGGAGGUUGAGAUGGGUGAGUUUUUCAAUGAAAAUGGAGAUGAUGGCAUGGUGGUGUCUAGUCUAAGGGAGGUUGAUAAUUACAUCACUAAGCAUGGCCUCAUUGUUGAAGGAAUCGAGUUUAGGCCUAAAGCGGGAGUUCAUUUUGAGAUUAUGAGAAGGGAAUUGAAAACUUAUUCACUUGAUUCAGUCAAUGAUGUUGCCUUCCAUAGUUCCCUUUUUAUUUUGAUACUGCCUUAUGAUUCAAAGAGGCCGUCAACAAUGGGAAGCCAAUAA